UUAAUUUAAGUGUUAAGUGUAUGUAUUGUUGGCUGUAAUGGAAGUCAUGCGAAAAUUCAGAGCUACGAGAAUAUAACGACUACCGGGUGUGGAGUCGGCAGGAAAUGGAUGCUUAUGGACAACACAUGCUUUACAUACCACCCAAACAGUAAUACAAUGUUUGCCGGCAUUCAAAACGGACGGGUAGUCCAGAAGGGAGAGCAACCGUGGGCUGUGCUUAUCAGAGAUAAUUUUGGAAGUUGUUACGUAAACUGUGCGGCGCCUGACUUUCGUGUAUAUCCGGGGCUAACAAACCAAAUCUAUACAAACCAUACCUACUACACGGGCGGUCAGUAUUUCAUUCAUCCCGAGUACGAACGCACUCAAUGGAAACCCUAUGACUUGGGAUUAAUCCGACUCAACACUGCGAUACCAUUGGACGGUACGUCCGGUUCGUCGGGUAUUAACUCGAUUUGUUUGCCCGAAGAGAUGGCCGUCAAUAAGAGGGAAGAAUACGUGCAAUUGGUUGGGUUCGGUGUCGACAGCGACAACCGCACGGGUUUUGGAAUAUUGAGAACUGGUUUCGCUAGAAUUCGAAAAGCCUUCGCGGAUAACACUGGCGGUCAAAAUGACGCCAUGCAUGCAUAUCGGGUGCCAUUCCCUAACGGAACGGGUAUAUGUGAGGUGGGGCGUAAUGUGGCGGGGACCGAACAAUCCUAUAAACCAAACAAGGAUCACAUAGCGAUGCUAUAA